AUGUCUGUGUUACCCGAUACCCCGGAAUUGCACGAGGAGCCGGUCCUGGCAGUUGAAGUAUUGAAUCUGAUUGCCCUCUACUUCUACUGCCUUGAUAUGAGGCAAACUGCCUAUUCCUAUAUUGGUCGAGCUUUGCGUAUUGCACUAGUGGAUGGAAUGCAUACUCGCAUUCCUGCCGAUCUACUAGGAGAAAAGCUUGCCGAAAGGUGCGCAAAUAUUUGGUGGACAGCCUAUGUCCUAGAUCGCACUUUGUCAUCAGCUGUUGGCGCUCCGACCUCAGUCCAGGAUGAAGAUAUCAAGGCUUACCUUGCUCCGCCUCAGCAAUCUUCGCAGCGUAAUGCUACCUUGAGCCUUCACGUGAGGCUGUCUAGACUGAUUUCUCAGAUUUUGAAUGAGCUGUACAGUGCAGACGGUAGUCUCGAAGCCUCGUAUCUUUCUAAAAUUAGAUCUCUUCUGAGAAGGUUGGCUGAGAUUGCUGAAGAGCUUGAAGGCACUAUUAACUUCAAGUUCAAGAGUUCCUUAGACACAUUGUCAAAGGGGGCAACUCACCUCCGGCUCCUGUAUCACCAGUGCAUCAUCUUGGCAAUCAGACCCCUUCUUCUUUGCCUUCUGCAGGAAAGAUUGAAAUCGCUCCAGGACGGCACUGGGAUGCAAGACCUUACGGGUUCGAUACGCGACCUGCUCCAGACUUGUGCAGAUUCUGCAGCGAAAACGCUUGCCAUUCUUUGCGCUUUGGCUGAAAAUAACAUGCUGGAUAACUUCCUCCCCUUUGACCUUGAGUUUACCAGCUCGGCUGCCUCGGUUCUGAUCAUCCUAGAUGACAUACUGCGGAUAGUUCCUGUUGGGGCCAGUGUCAAACGUCGUGGUAACAAAAUCUUGCUUGACAUGAAACAGCGAGGAAGUGUUCCGGCGCAGCUGCGGCAGAGUGAGUUAGACAGGCUCAACCGCUUGGCCAAAAGACUCUGGGAGAGAUUCCCUGCUGCAAUGUAUGGGACCAAGACGAAGCAUCUCCAAGACCGUGAAGCCCACUCACGGACCAGCGCUCCUUCUGCAGAUCAAAUGAAGAAUAUCUCUGGAGCUGACAGAGCCGUCAGUAUAGCGAACUAUCACAACUCAGCCUCCGGCAGAGAACAAGAAGCGGUUGUCUCGCAUACUCGAAUCCUCACCUCACCAGUGCAGACACAUGGUACUACACCCCUCGACCUAAUAUCUCCAGACCUUGCAGAACAAUUUGAGCUCUCGCAGGACCAUAUGUUGUUCGUUGCUGAUCAACUGAAUGCGGAUGCGGAUGAUGCAUUGUUCUUGUCGAACUUAGAUUUCGGUGCUUCUGGCAGCGCCUCUGGAUCGGGGAGUAACUGGCUCUGGAGUAUGUCUUGA